AUGAUUAGAUCGUUAAGAUUAUGCUUCGCUAGACCCUUGAUAGCCUCCAGGCUCACCCCACCCACCAGAGCGUUUUCAGCCGCCCCAAUUUUGCUCAAAAAGAAGCCAAAAAAGGCAGUUGCACCACAAGAAGAAGACGUCGAAGAGCCAUCAGCUUUGAUAGAUUUCGAGGAUGCUACCGCCAAGUUCAAGCAGGUGCUCGAAAAGUUCACCAAAACUGCCAACGAGAGCAAAUUGGGUAAGACUAAUCCACGUAUUUUCGACAAGUUGACUGUGAACGUCAACGACGAAGAGGUGCCAUUCACGUCAGUGGCCCAAACUUCCAUCAAGGGAAGAAACUUCAUUGUCACCUUGUUUGAUCCUGCCAGUUCCAAGCACGUUAUCAACACCAUUUUGGGCUCUGGUUUGAACAUGAAUGCUCAGGUCGACCCUGCCAACAAGUACACCUUGAAGGUGCCAUUACCACCAGUGAACACCGAGACUAAAAAGGAGAGCGUGAAGCAGUUGAAGGAAGUAUUUGAGAAAAUGAAGAAUGGGUCCUCCAAAGGCAGUUUGGCAUCAAUCAGAGCCGAUGUGAAGAACAAGUUUUCCAAGCAGGUGAAGAAACAAAAAAGUGAUGCUGAAACGAAAGUCUUGAACGACUUCGAGAAGUUGCACAAGACCUACACGGAAAAGUUGGCCGAAGCAUUCAAGGCUGCAGAGACUGCCAUCCUCAAGUAA